AAGAGUUUUAAUGGACAGAGUGAUCUGAAACUACACAAGCGCAUUCACACUGGAGAGAAACCGUAUCACAGAAACGUCUGCUCACAGUGUGGGAAGAGCUUCAGGUGCCUGAGUCAUCUCAAAAUACACCAGCGCAUUUACACAGGAGAGAAACCGUAUCAGUGCUCACAGUGUGGAAAGAGUUUUAAUGAACAGAGUAAGCUCAAAAUACACCAGCGCAUUCACACUGGAGAGAAACCGUAUCAGUGCUCACAGUGUGGAAAGAGUUUUAAUGAACAGAGUAAGCUCAAAAUACACCAGCGCAUUUACACAGGAGAGAAACCGUAUCAGUGCUCACAGUGUGGAAAGAGUUUUAAUGAACAGAGUAAGCUCAAAAUACACCAGCGCAUUCACACUGGAGAGAAACCAUAUCAGUGCUCACAGUGUGGGAAGAGUUUUAUUACACAGGGUAAUCUUAAAAUACACCAGCGCAUUCACACUGGAGAGAAACCGUAUCAGUGUUCACAGUGUGGCAAGAGUUUUAAUACAAAGAGUGAGCUUAAAAUACACCAGCGCAUUCACACUGGAGAGAAAUCGUAUCAGUGUUCACAGUGUGGAAAGAGUUUUAAUAGAAAGAGUGAGCUUAAAAUACACCAGCGCAUUCACACUGGAGAGAAACCGUAUCAGUGCUCACAGUGUGGGAAGAGUUUUAAUCAACAGGGUAAUCUCAAAAUACACCAGCACAUUCACACUGGAGAGAAACCGUAUCAGUGCUCACAGUGUGGAAAGAGUUUUAAUAGACAGAGUACUCUGAAAAGACACCAGCGUGUUCACACUGCAGAGAAACCGUAUCAGUGCUCACAGUGUGGAAAGAGUUUUAUUACAAAGAGUGAGCUUAAAGUACACCAGCACGUUCACACUGGAGAGAAACCGUAUCAGUGCUCACAGUGUGGGAAGAGUUUUAUUACACAAAGUAAUCUCAAUAAACACCAGCGCGUUCACACUGGAUAGAAACCGUAUCAGUGCGGAAAGAGUGUGGAAAGAGUAUCAGUGUGGAAAGAGUUUUAAUGAACAGAGUAAGCUCAAAAUACACCAGCGCAUUCACACUGGAGAGA